CUGAAACGUAGGUUGGCUCGUGUUUCUUUUCUGUGUGGACUUGUGUCUUUGCUUCAUUUCUGUAUUCCGCACAUUUUUACGAAGUGUCUUGUCAAUAAGGCUGGCUAAAGGACCAGGGUGCCCCCCCUCUCUAUGUGUGGUCCCUAAUGGGCGGCUGGUCUCGCAGUGCUGUGCUGGAGCUGUACCGGGCGCUGCUCCGUGCAGGGCGUCACCUUCAGUACACUGACCGUAAUUACUAUCGUCGUGCCGUGGCUCGCGAGUUUCGCCGUUGCCAAGCCCUGACAAUACAGGAAGAUAAGGAGGAAGCACUGAAGAGGGGCCAGUUCUUCCUCAGUAGCCGAUUGGGUGGUCUUAUGUAG